AUGGCGACGGCCGUAGAUGCAUACAUUGACCUUGAGGUGAGAGCAUGGGCACACACCAAAAAUGGGAGAAUGAAAGGAGUCCACGGUAUCAGAACGAGAAGUAGGAAUCUCUGGAAUCGUCUCCUUGUCGCCGAAAGAAAUGCCCUUACACCGACUAUUGACGCCCUACGCACUGCUCUGGAUAAUGCAGGCACUCCCGCGUUUGAUGUGCCGCCUCCUCCAGAUGUCACAGACAAUAAUGCAGUAGCGGCGUACUCAACCGCAGUAACAGCCCUCUCGGUUGCUAGAACGGAAUUCAUACAGGCCAUAAACAAUUACCUCACUCUACGGGCCCCUUACCCUAAAGCAGACUUCGCGGAGGCCUGGCUUGAUAGCCUUCGGAUUGAUCAAGAACGCAAUAGGACCGCGGAGGCGGCGGAGCGUGCGAGAAUUGUUGGUGGAGAUAGGAUUGCUAGUGGUACUCUCUCGUCGCGAUGGACUGCUGUUGGUCCGGCGGGUACGGGAGGCAACAGGAAGAGUAUCAUAACUUAUAUCAAGACGGUGGCGGGGUUGGUCGUGGAUCGAGUUGUCGUCAAGGACGAAAGGGACAUGUUUGACUUUGCUUCCGUGUGGGAUUCRGCAACUAUUAUUGGCCGGAACUUGCCAACUGAAAUUACAACUAUGCUUCGAGUGAGAAGUCGCAUCGGUUCUCAAAAUAUCGUCAAACUUCGGAACUGGCGCGUGGAUGAUGCCACGGCUCAUGAAUCGGGUCGUCAUCAGAGUUUCCGAAUCUAUCUAGAAUGCUGUGGUUUUGGUACCCUCACUGAAGUUGAAAGGCCUGUGCCUGAGCCUUUCAUUUGGAAGCUUUUUGAAGAUCUUGUAAAUGCCUGCGUGAUUCUUGACAGAGGAGAUGUCGAUCCUGGUGGAGCUUCGUGGGAUCCUAUCGUCCACCGAGAUAUGAAGCUCGAUAACAUCUUCCUUAGCGACCCUGGGAAGAGCUUCUGCUGGUAUCCAACUGCCAAGCUUGGAGACUUCGGCCCGGCAAUGUUUGUCUUACCAAAUGAUCGACGUACUGUCGCUCAGCUAAGCCAUGUUGAAGUUGGUACGCCACAAUCGAGACCUCCAGAACAACUCAACAGUACCUUGGCAGGUUCUGCAGGAGUCUGGCCCAUGAGUACCCAAUCCAACGUCUGGGGAAUUGGGUUCCUGAUGUGGCGUCUGAUACAACGUCGACAAGCAGGCUGUGAGCGUGAAGAUGAGACGGGCUUUAGGGAUGAUCGUCGCACGCCGGAUGACUUCAAUGACGAGGCUCGUGCAGAGUUCUCUCCGGAUCUCUUGACUCUUAUCAUGGACUGUGUGCAGUAUCUUCCAAUCAAUCGACCGACGCUGUAUGAUGUUCAGAGAAGAGUCAGGUUGGGGAUUGAAGCUCAUACGCAAGGACUGCAGAACGCUGCUGAGGACGAUGCCGUGUGGGCCGACGACUUGCUGCCGAUUUAUGCUGAUGAAAAUGAGAACUGGGCCGUGACCGGGAUUCAGACCGGUGGUAGACAAGAGGAUUUGGGUGGAUCUGCAGGCUUGAUCAUGACAUUUCCCCCACUCUCAUCUUCUUCUGAAGAUGAGGGAUGA